CCUCCUCGCCGCUGCUUCGAGCUACCUCAGGCAAGAGCGAGCGGCAGAAGCCGGGCAGCGCCGCCUGCCUUCGCAUCCCUCCGAGGGCGGCGAGGGGCUGAGGAGGAGGAGGACGCCGCCUGUCCGCCCGCCCGCCCGCUCGCCUUCUUCCCUCUUCGGACUUCUCUCUCUCUCUCUCUCGCCAUGAGUCCCGAGGAGAAGCCUCCUCCGCCGCGCCGCUCCCGGGGCGGCCGGGCGCCCCCUCAGCCGCGGCGCGGGGGCCUCUUGACGGAGAUCCGGACGCGCAUCCUCACCGAGCCCUUCCAGGAGCGAUACUCCCUCAGCCCCGGCCGCGAGCUCGGCAGGGGGAAAUUUGCAGUAGUAAAAAAGUGUGUAAAGAAAGAAACUGAAAAAGAAUUUGCAGCAAAAUUCAUGAGGAAAAGAAGAAAGGGCCAAGAUUGCCGGAUGGAGAUAAUUCAUGAGAUUGCAGUUCUGGAACUGGCACAACGAAAUCGUUGGGUUAUUAACUUGCAUGAAGUAUAUGAAACACCAACAGAAAUUAUUUUGGUUUUGGAAUAUGCUGCUGGAGGAGAAAUAUUUGACCAGUGUGUAGCUGAAAGAGAUGAUGCCUUCAAGGAAAAAGAGGUUAAGCGUCUCAUGAGGCAAAUUUUAGAAGGUGUUUCAUUUUUGCAUCGAAAUAAUGUAGUUCACCUUGACUUGAAGCCCCAGAAUAUUCUGCUAACCAGUGAAUCACCGCUGGGAGAUGUUAGAAUAGUUGACUUUGGCCUCUCCAGAGUAAUGAAGAAUAGUGAAGAACUAAGAGAAAUUAUGGGAACACCUGAGUAUGUGGCUCCAGAAAUUCUGAGUUAUGAUCCAAUCAGCACUGCAACAGAUAUGUGGAGCAUUGGAGUGCUAGCAUACGUUAUGCUCACAGGAGUAUCACCUUUCUUGGGAAAUGAUAAACAGGAAACAUUCUUAAAUAUAUCUCAGAUGAAUGUUAAUUACUCUGAGGAUUUUGACCUUAUAUCUGAAUUUGCUGUGGAUUUCAUCAAAUCUCUUCUGGUUAAAAAGCCUGAGGAACGGGCAACAGCAGAUGAAUGUUUGGUACAUUCUUGGCUAGCACAAAUAGAUGUUCCUGAUACUAUAUACUGGAUAAAGAACACAGAGGAAGCAAACACUGUUGUUGUAAAUGAAGAAGCUUUUACUUCUGAAAAUUCUACAGAUGAAGAAAAAACAGAAGAGUCAUUAGUGUCAGAAGAGCUGAUUGUAGUAGCUUCAUAUACACUGGGCCAAUGUAGGCAAUCGGAAAAAGAUAAAAUUGUUGAACAGAAGACCAUUUCCAAGCGCUUUAAAUUUGAAGAACCAUUGCUGCAAGAAAUACCUGGAGAAUUUAUUUACUGAAUUGCAACUUGUUUCUGCUCUUUUGAGACCUUGAAACAUUAACUUGGGAGACCAAUUUAUGUAUUGCCAAAUGUACAUUUAUAUGCAAAUACAUUCCUUGAUAAAGUAGGAUUCAAAAGUCACAUGAGAAAACUGUGCCAAACAUCUUAAUUUUUGUGGAAGUGGUUUGUGUAUGCUUACCUUAAUUGGUCAGGCAGCAUUGCAGGAUGACACCCACCCACCCCACCAUGAUCUGGCAGCGGACUGUGUCUCGAGGGGUUUUCUCCAACUAGCACGAUGAAAAUUGAGUCGUUGCACUGGCAGGGGAAGCAGAUCGCAGCCUUCCCAAAAUUGGUCAGUCGUUGCAGGCUGCUUGGCUAGCUGGUCCACCUCUGGGGUACUUCACUUGGGCCAGUUUUCCACCUCCUUGUAUGGCACCAAAAAUAAUUUGGAUAUGCAGCCACAGAGUUGGGCAUGUGUGCUUGCUUUUUCAUCUUCCUGGGCUGCCGACUUGGUUUAACAUCCAGUGUCCAGAUUACGUGGCUGGGCCACAGGAGUAUGUGUUGGGAACAACUUACGCCUUUCCCGUCCUCUAGAAUGAAAGCCUGUUGUCUAGAUCUGUUAGUCAUCCAGCUGGGCAAAAAUGACCUGUACCCAUGGAAAGGCGCAUAGACCUGAUUUUGGCCAUCGUGGAUAACCUCAAGGCUCUAAAUGAACUAUACCCUAAAAUGGCCAAUGGCUAGAGGCACGUCAGUGGUGGCAUAUUCUGAAACUCGCUAAGAUUACCAAGGCAAGGAAGGUGGUAAACUGCAGUGGUGCACAGAAUUGAGGCAACUGGCAGAAGGGUGAUUUGGCACCCAGACAUCACUUUUGACAAAGAUGUGCUUUUCAGGCAUGAUGGUGUGUACCUGUCAGGCAUGGGUAAUGAUGUCUCAAAUGCUCUCAAAAUAUCAUUGAGGGCCUUAGGUCCUGGUUGCAGAUGUAGGGGGUUUUGCAACCAGCCAAGUUUGGCUUGAGUGGUGGUUUAGGCAUUGGGGUAAGCCUUUGUCUUUGGUGGAGAGGGGGGUGUAGCCUCUGCCUGCUCCUCCAGUAUUCAGGGGUGACCCCUUAAAGGGAUCUGGUAGGAGUCGCAUCUCUCCAGAAGCCCAGGCUGGGGCUAGGGCCAUAGCAUCCUCAAGGCGGCAGCCCUGCAGGGGAUUCCUACUUGAUGUGUGUGCCUAGGGUUGACCCCUAACAGGUAUACCCCAGCAGGCAUGCUGGUAGUUCAGUGGUUAUACCCCAUGCAUAUGCUAAACCUCUACAUCUGUAACCAGUAAGGUUGUGGCCCAAUUUUACCCUAAGCAAUGUUGUCCUGUUUAUUCGGGUGAUGGGUGUGCGGGGAGGGGUGCCUGUGCCAUGCAAGUUAAAUGCCAUUACAGAAAAAAACAGAAAGCAGUAGUUCUUUUUUCUUCUCCUGUUGGUAUGUGUAAAGCUUUUGUACUAUAUCCUGUGUUUUAACUAUUCAUGGUUGGGGUUGCUGUCCCAGUGCACGUGACCAUUGAUAAGUAUCCCACUUGUUUGGACAAGCUGAUAAACAUUGAUUUUCACCAAGUGCAGCAAAGUAUCAAAAUAUGGUUAUGCCCAAAUUCUAAGUUGCUAUUAGACGUAGCUAUAGACUAAUCCAAAGUCCUGAACCACUGUGCUGGGCAGGAUUUGGAUGUGGCAGACGUCCCUCUGCUGGGCUUUGCUGGGCCUACUGAAAUGGUGGGUGGUACAACUGCAGGCUGUAGCCAGUAGUAGAACCUCCAAAAUGAGCUGGCUCUUGGGUAGGGAGGGAGUGGAGCUGGUGAAAAUAAGCACUCCUCCCAUUACUUCUCCCCUGGCCAGCAUGAGCCGCAGUGCUUUGGAUGCGGUGGUAGCCCCACUAUUCCACUUAGCCUGCUCCUCCUGGCUGAGAGUUAGGAUUGCUCCAUAAGCUGGUUUCUUUUCUUUAUGCUGGUUUAAGUCUUCUAUCGCAGAGCAUAAACUUUUAUCAUUGUUUCCAGCACAAAUUAAAAAGGCAAAUUUUCAAGUGCUGUGUGUGUCUGUCCCAUUACCUUUCAGUUUGCAUUGUACAGUAGUAAACUUGGUAAAAUAUUUGAGUUUUUAAAUGUACUUCUAACAAGGCCAGCUUGAUCUUGGUUGGCUGCUUGGAGACUUUGCUGUACUCUGUUAUAUUAACUUGCUGUGCCUUAAGGUUGGCUUUGUGCAGUUCACAAAUCGUUGCAAGUUUGUAUAAUGAUGUGGAAGUCUAAUGUAAGUUAUAAGCAAAAUUUAAGUAACUCUGUAUUGGAAAAAGUAGCUAAUACGUAGGGAUGCCAAUUAAUUCCACAAGCGUAAUACUGUCAAUCUGAAAUGCUACAGUACAAAAAUUAACCUUAUGAAAAAUGUAAAUAAGUGCCUGUAUAAAGUAGGAAGGGGAAAUUCUCCAAAUGUAGAAAAAGGGAUUCUGGGCUCUGGUUCCUGUAGCUGCAGUUCAUAAUGUUCUGAAAUGAGUUGUCCUUUCUCAUAAGCUAUGGUGCUUUUCUUACAGGAACUACUGAGUUUCUGAGAAGCAGCACAUGGGUUUAGCUGGAUCAAUUGCAAAUUACCACCUCUAGGUAUCAGAUACCUGGGAUGGCAGAGUUAAAUUAGAUUAUGAUCAACUCCUUCUAAGUACUCUAUAGUUAUCUAAGGGAAAGAUGAAAUGAGAUCCAAAGCAAAAUUAGUCAGACCAAUUUUAAGUUAUAGUAACGUAAAGAAGUGCUGUGCCUUUAAAUAUUUCUGAAAACUCCUGGCAGAUGUAUGCUUACUGUGUGCCUUUAAACACACAAGAUCGGUUGGCAAAUGUGAAACCAUUUGCUUUAAUGUAAUAAACUGGUUUUUCCUGUUC